GAGCGUCACGCAGUCUGCGGGGAAAGCCAGGCUGCUAAAUCGAGCCAUGACUUAUCGCUCAUCAUCUACUCCUCGGCCCAACUGAGAGCAGCAAACUCCGACAUGUAUCCGUUUGUGAGCCGCUGAAAUGAACAGCUGUUUUAUUUUCCCGGUGCCUACUUGAAUGUAAAUGUGAGGACGGAAUCGCGUCUGUUGCUUCUCAGCGGCAGCUAUGAGCGGAAGAAGAAUGCGCUGUCAGUUUAGUAGCUAGCUAGCUAGCCGCGGCUAACUGCUAAUGUGGUGCUAACGGCUAACCAUACUGGGUUCACAGUGUUAUUUGUUGCUUCCGAAGCUUGUAAAUGUAUCUUUAAGAUAUCUGUGUACGUGAGAAAUGAGGUGUUGCAGCUAACAUAACUGUUUGCUUAGUGAGGGGACAAAUGCCGCUGAUAAAUAAGUUUAUAUGUAGUUGUGAGUGUUGACAGUACACAGUGUAGCCUGCCACCUGGUACCUGUGUCUAACAGCUAGCCACGUAAACUGCUCCUGCUUGGUGUUGACGUAGCAGGAGCAGCUAGCUUGUCUCAACUGUCAAGCUAGCUCAGUUUAAUGUGAUUUAGGAGCAGUAAAUCACUGACAGUCUGCCUGAUAACCCAAGACAUCCUGAAGACCGAGCCCCACAUAGGAUAUGAACUAUUGUGACUCAAAAUGCUAUAGCUGGACCUGAAUGUGGCUCGUUGGGUUCCUGGUCCUGUUGCAUUGUGCGGAUGAUGAAGCGGGUCAUCUGGCUGAUAUCAGGAUUAAACAGAAGAAUGAUGAAGCUGCUUUUUGCCCUCGCUUUGAUCGCCUACAUUGCCUCUGUCUGGGGAACAUAUACGAACAUGAGAUCAAUACAAGAACACGGAGAAAUGAAGAUUGAUCAGAGAAUUGACGAAGCUGUGGCUCCUCUCAGAGAGAAGAUUCGUGACCUGGAACAAAGUUUUUCUCAGAAGUACCCACCUGUGAAAUUCCUGUCGGAAAAAGAUCGGAAGAGGAUUUUGAUCACUGGUGGGGCUGGUUUUGUGGGUUCCCAUCUGACUGACAAGCUGAUGAUGGAUGGCCAUGAGGUGACUGUGGUGGAUAACUUCUUCACAGGAAGGAAAAGAAAUGUGGAGCACUGGAUCGGCCACGAAAACUUCGAGCUCAUCAAUCACGACGUGGUGGAGCCUCUCUAUAUCGAGGUGGACCAGAUUUAUCACCUGGCAUCUCCAGCCUCUCCUCCCAACUACAUGUACAAUCCCAUCAAAACACUCAAGACCAACACCAUUGGCACUCUUAACAUGCUCGGUUUGGCCAAACGUGUGGGCGCCAGACUUCUCCUGGCUUCUACUUCAGAGGUUUAUGGAGAUCCAGAGGUGCACCCACAAAAUGAGGAGUACUGGGGGCAUGUGAAUCCGAUCGGUCCUCGAGCGUGCUACGACGAGGGGAAGCGUGUAGCAGAGACCAUGUGUUACGCCUACAUGAAACAGGAAGGAGUAGAGGUGCGGGUGGCGAGAAUCUUCAACACGUUUGGCUCCAGAAUGCACAUGAACGAUGGACGAGUCGUCAGCAAUUUCAUACUGCAGGCUCUACAGGGAGAACCUCUCACUGUGUACGGUACUGGUUCCCAAACAAGAGCCUUUCAGUAUGUAAGCGAUCUGGUGAACGGCCUUGUGCUGUUGAUGAACAGCAACAUCAGCAGUCCAGUCAAUCUGGGGAACCCGGAGGAACACACCAUAUUGGAGUUUGCUCGUCUCAUCAAAAGCCUUGUCGUGAGCCGAAGUCAGAUCCAGUUCCUUCCAGAGGCCCAGGACGACCCACAGAGGAGAAGACCUGACAUCCGGAAAGCAAAGAUGAUGCUCGGCUGGGAGCCGGUGGUGCCUCUGGAGGAAGGCUUGAACAAAACCAUCCAGUACUUCAGCAGGGAGCUGGAGCACCAGGCCAACAACCAGUACAUCCCCAAACCUAAAGCCGCCCGCAUGAAGAAAGGAAGACCCAGACACAACUGAGGUUUCCCACCACACACACAGGAUAUUAAGACUCCUCAAAGGACCCUUGAAGAGCAACUCUCUGAAAUACACUGUCAAGUAGAGCGCUCUGGGAUAUGGCGUCUUUUUUUAAUUUUUAUUUUUAUUUUUUUGGAGAAGCAGAGAC